UUUGGUCAUCGUUUUAUCUUAAUCGGCCUGCGGCGGCUACACAUCGGUCCACUACCGGGGUACAUUUACAGCAAUCCGCUACGACUGUUCGCGAGCGAUGUUCUCACUUUCAGUGCCGCAGUGCUGACCUUCCCCCGUAGCUGACCCGGAACCAUCUCCUAGUUCCUUUCGCUUUGUGUUGAAUCAUCCUCGAAAAUCCUUGAACACCGUCUCCGGAGGGCAGUGAUUGUUAAAAUUACCGUUUGUUUCUUUGGGCCUUUCUGUUGCUUACCGGUUGACCUUCCGAUCGAUUGUCGUUAGAGGCGCGAACGUUAGAAAACUGGGUGCACUUCUGGGUGGUGAGAUGGCCAGCAACGUCGAGGACGAUGAUGUGGAAUUUCAAAAGCAUGCCAAGUACUUCAAACGCUUCCUACACAUCCUGCCGGAGCGACUUGCCUCGCACGACUCAACCAGGGUCACUAUUGCCUUCUUUGCAGUCAGCGGACUGGAUGUACUCAACUCGCUCGAUCUGCUCACGGACAGCUUUCAGCAAGACAUUAUCAAUUGGAUCUACAAGUUGCAGGUGGUUCCGGGACCGGGUGACCGGCCAGCCGGCGGCAUUCAGGGAUCGAGCACGUUCGAUGUGCUCCCCGGCAGCACCGUUCACAACGGGCUCCAGCAGUACCGCUGGGGUCAUCUGGCUAUCACGUACACUGGCAUUGCCGUCCUCGUAGCGCUUGGUGACGAUCUGUCGCGGCUCAACCGGCGGGCCAUCAUCGAAGGGGUGGCGGCCGUCCAGCGGGACGAUGGUAGCUUCAGUGCCACGAUCGAGGGCAGUGAGCACGACAUGCGGUUCGUCUACUGUGCGGCCGCCAUCUGCGCAAUGCUCAACGACUGGGGACAGGUGGACCGGCAGAAGAUGGCCGAGUACAUUAUGAAUAGCAUUCGCUACGAUUACGGCAUCAGUCAGCACUACGAAAUGGAGUCCCACGGAGGCACAACAUUCUGUGCCAUUGCGGCGCUCGAACUGAGUGGUCAGCUGCACCUCCUCACCGACGAAGUGCGGGAACGAAUCAUCCGGUGGCUGGUGUUUCGUCAGGAGGAUGGAUUCCAGGGCCGACCGAACAAACCGGUCGACACCUGCUAUGCGUUCUGGAUCGGCGCGACGCUGAAGAUUCUCGGGGCGUUCGAGUUGACAAACUUCAAGGAUAAUCGCGAUUACGUGCUCUCGACGCAGGACACCACUGUCGGCGGGUUUUCCAAGUGGCCCCAGGCGUACACCGAUCCCUUCCACACGUACUUUGGUCUGUGCGGGUUAAGCUUCCUGAACGAGGCCGGUCUGCAGGAGGUGGUGCCGACUUUGAACAUAUCGCAGCGUGCCUACCGUCAUUUACAGGAGCUGCAGCGUAACUGGGGUGUCGAGCGGGAUGGCCACGGGUGCUCAAAUGGCCAGGUGGCACUGCACAUCGAGUAGCAGGCUUGCAUGAAGGGAUACGCUACAACGGCGCACAAAACUAGUAGAGAUUCGUUCGCAGUCCAUCGAUUUCGGUUUUGUUUGUGAUUUACGGUUUCUCUCCCGACGGAGGAAGUACAAAGUGUAUUUAUUUGUUUUAGCGGUCAAGAACUGUUUGGCAGGGACCGGGGCAAGGGCAGUUUGUGGUGGACGAAACAAUUACGCUUAGCAUUGAACUUUUUUUAAGGCAAGCUUGAGGCGGCAAGAUUGUGUACAGGCGCACUUUACAAUCGUAAUCGUUAGCAUUAAAAGAGCGGUCGCUUAUCAAUUGGUAAUAGCGUAUUUUGUUGUGCUGUGCGGACACCGUCGCAACCGCUCCCGAUCGGCAGUGCUCCUCACGAAGAGGACAUAAAUGAAGCAGAGGAUAGUAGGACAAGCGGCGGAAGCAGGCAAGAAAAGACGGAAUACAGCAUGGCGGUACAGAGUGUAGUGCUUAAGUGUAG